GUUCCAGUCCAGACUGCGGUGUGGCCCUAAAGUCUAAAUCAGUUUUUGAAACAUUUACAGAUGCAGGAGAGAGCAAAUAGUAGCGUGCUGGCGUGUUCAAUCAUGACCUCCCAGUUGGCAGCUGAUCCAGCUCAAGCUGUUUGUAUGGAAAAGCCAACAAGCCAUCAUAGGGCGGUCCUGACUCCGAGCUGAACACCCAACCAGUCAUCAGAGAGGAUAAUUUAUCCAACAUUCCCAGACCUUAACUUUCAACGUAAUUUUAACCCUGAGGAAACAGCAGCCUCCAGGAGUGAGAGAGAGCAGGAUUACAGUAGGAGUGAUGUCCUGAGAUUACUCAGUAUCUAAAUAAAGCCCAGCACUGAGGAAGUCUGUUUAUCCGAGACUGAGCAGAGACUGGACUAUUACCUGUGAGCACAAUGACUGCGCUGUAUCACACAUUCCUGCUAUUUACAGUCAGUAUGGCUUCCCUGCAGCCACAGAGGUCUUCGCGGAGCAAAAGGGGUUUGCUGGAACUAGCUGGUGUGAUCAAGUGCAGCACGGGACGAUCAGCUUUAACUUAUGCGAUGUAUGGAUGUUACUGUGGUCUCGGGGGUCAAGGGUGGCCCAGAGACAGAGCGGAUUGGUGUUGCCACAAACAUGACUGCUGUUAUGGGGAUGCAGAAUUUGCAGGCUGUCAGACAAAAACGGACAGGUAUCAGUGGACAUGCGAAGAAGAGGAGGUUGACUGCGAUACGCUUAAUGACAGAUGUGCGAAAAUCCUCUGCCGAUGUGACAGGGAAGCAGCCAGAUGCCUCCGAAAGGCACCGUACAACCAGAAAUAUGCUCUGUGGCCAGAUUUCCUAUGUGGAUGUGUUCAUCCUACCUGCAACAUUUACUAAUGCCAGUAUAAAAUUUGAAUUCACUCAAACAGCAAAAAAAAAAACAACAACAACAACUAUUCUUUAUGGCAAAAGAAAUUAUAAUACAUUUAUUGUAAAAUCUCAAAAUCUUAUCAAACAUCAAACUAUAGCCCUGGUAAGA